CUCGCGUAAACAAGAAAAAAGGACAGGACAACAAAGCGUAUUCGAGUGGUUUCUUGAACACUCAAUUUCUGGGGAUUGAAGAACAGUGUCAUUGCUUCAGGGUUCUUUCUUUCACUUUGUUCAUCCCAUAUAUAUAGUAUUGAGUUUAAUUAUUUUCCGAAAAUUAAAAUGUUAAAGGACACACAGGUGUGGAAUAUGAGUUUUAGGCCCACCUUAAAGCUUGAAUUAUUUGGAAUUUGUUAACUCUAUUUGCAUGCUCUUUAGACAUGUAAUUGCUAGUUUUAAUAUAUAUUGAUCAUACCUUCUUACAUUUUUAUACACAUUCCAGUAAGGACUAAUAUUUGUUGCUGUUGUUAUUCCUAAACGAUCUUGAUAAUUUUUUGUAGAAACAUGGGCCGUGAAAGAAUAACUUUGAAACCUAUUAAAAGUGAAAGAGCUCGGAGGACAACUUUGGUGCAGAGAAAGAAAGGACUAAUGAAAAAACUUGCCGAGUUUUCGACCUUGUGUAGAGCUAAAGCGUGCUUGAUUGUGUAUGAUGAUGCCGAUGGUGAUGCUGCACCAGUCACUUGGCCCCAAGACCCCACAAUGGUGCGUUCCAUCAUUGAAAACUACGAGCAUCAAAAGAAAGUAAGAACUCCCAAGAUCUUUGAAAUUCAAGACUUCUUUGAUAAUAGGAAGAACAUGGUUGAGACCGAGAUUUCCAAAGUGCACAAAAAGAUCAAAAACAUCGAGUAUCCAACUUGGGAUCCUCGUUUCAAAAACAUGGGAGCUGAGCAAUUGAAUGCUUUCAUUUCUUUAGUGGACGCCAAGAUUGCAGCUUGUGAUCAUAAAAUCAACAUGGCAAGAAACAUGCAUCAAAGUGAAGGCAACUUUAGUUUCAUGCCAAACAUGGGUCAUGCAAGUGCUUCCUCCUCUCACCCAAGCCAACUCAAUUUCAUGCACAACAUUUCUCAAAGCCAAGCCAUCUCGAUGGAGCAACUACUUAAUGAUAAUAAUGGGAGGGUGGAUUUUGCAAAUACAACUAAUCAGGUUGCUGAAGGUACUGAUCAUGGAAUUAAUAACAUAUUCAGAAACAUGCAACAUGGUGAUGUUUGCUUUAAUUACACGCCAAGCAUGGUUCAGGAAAGAGGUACCUCCUCACAUGUAAGUCAAUCAAAUUUCUUGCAAAACAACUCUAGAGAUCAAUUUACAGUUGAAGUUUUGAAGAGAAUCACGGAAAGAAAUGAGAUGGUAAAUUUUACUAAUGAAGUUUAUAUUCCUCAAGUUCCUCAAGAUUCAACUUAUCAAGUAGGGGAGUCUUUGGACUGGUCUAAUAAGGUUGGUGACUUGGCCAAUUUGGUUAAUGGACCCAUUGUGAUUGAUGAUUGGUCUAGUCAACUAAGUGGUGAUUUAGUGGAUUGGGCCACUCGGCCCAAUGAAUCUACCUUGCAGAAUCUUCCUGUUCAAUCUCAGAAUGACCAAAAUGAAGUGACAUUGCCUGCCUUGCCACCAACAUUGGAUGAAUUUCAAACAGAUUAUUAUCAAUAGACUUUUUCAAAGGCUAAGUUUAGAGUUUUUAUUUAAUUAUAGUUUUAUACAUGGGGUUUACUUGAUUGUGUAAGUACCCAAUUUUGCCUCCUUUUUAUUCUUUAAAUUGU